CGUCUUCGGCACGCCUGCUUUUCGUCUAUUCUGGUCGUCUACAUGUGCUUUCCAUGAUACCAAAUCUGUUUCCGCGCUGUAUUACUACAAGCAUCCGCUUAUUAUUCUUGCAUCUGUACUAAGUGAGAUAAAGCUGCUGCUACUGUCUGAUAUCAUCUUUAUCUCGUCCCGCUGCAUGUUUCGAUAAUGGCGACAAUUGCCCUGCCUCGGCCAAUCGCCACCCACCGCUCUUCAGCCGACAUAGUUGACCUCAGGUCUCCCAUUUCUCUCGAGAGUACCAUUGACGCCCAGCAGGCUACAACUUGUCCUGCGCCCGUCCCUAACAAGCACAUUCCCGCUUGUCCUACUGGGCCGGCUCUCGUCCAAACACCUAAUACCCCUCCACCCUCUCCUGGUCGUGACGAAGACGAAGACGAAAACGCCAUCAUCAGUAGCCCUCCCCGCCGUGAGAAGCGUCGUUUGUCCUCGUUCUUGCACCCCCCUGACAAAUUUACUCGAUUGAAGCUGGGCCCACUUUCAGUCUUCGAGAUUGACGCUGAUGAUGUCGCCGCUGCCAUUCGUCACACGGCCAAGCAGCCUUUACCAGAUCCUUCCGAGGUCUUUCCGUGGUUUCAUGGACUCCAUCCUGGCAACCACAUGCAGCAAGCCUUCUUCAUAGCGAGGAAGAAGAAGGCAUUACGGAAGACGCCAUGUUGCUUGCGUGGUCUUACCGUCGUCAAGGCUGACGGUAAUCUCUGCGAAUCCCGCCUCAAAGGGGCUAUCUCACCCCAAGAAUUUCUCCGGCCAGGUGUAGAGGGAGACUUCAUCGAGAUGGACCCAAAGGAGGGGUUUUCCGUGAGAAAUUUUCACAUACAAGCUGCGAAAACUGCUGUUACCUCUGAUAUAAUUGUCUAUGGUGACGAUGCCCAAGCCGUUCGUAUGAUGGGCUGGAAAAUUGCUUCUGCACAAGCUAAAUGGCGUGAGAAGCACCGUGUUCAAGGCGCCAAGAUCCAAGGCGCCAAGCUUCCCGAGUACAAUACCUUCAUCUGUGUAGCUCCCUUCAGAGAUUUCGAAAAGAGGUACAGUGAAAUUGUUUCGGUUGAUUCGUGCGGGGUGCUGACUGGUGCUGUCCUGGACUUCUUUUAUCAAGAAAGGAGAGAGAUGUAUACCAUGACAAGGGCGUCUGAGAUCUCUAAGAAUGUGUGGCUGGGUCCCACGCCUGAGCCAGGCAACGACGACGAAAAGUUUUACGACGUUAUGAUUGAGUGUAGUGACCUUGGACGGCUAAACCCGGCGGCGUUGGAAGCUAUCGCUAAGGGAUCCUACGACAGGGUCAAAUGUCUUGACUUAGAUUUCCCCUCCUCCGGAAGCAUUCCUGCCCCGACGUGGUCGCACGCCCAGGCUGACGGUAUACUGGACACCUGUCGGUGGAUAUGGCACCUUGCUCACGGCACACUGCCAACAGACUCCGACGCGGACAUCGAUGGUGACAUCAGCAUGUCAGAUACACCUCAAACACCAGAAAAGGAGGACCGGCGACCUUGCAAAAUUCUCAUCCACUGCGCUGAUGGCUAUACAGAGUCGACAAUGUUGGCUAUCGCUUAUUUCAGUUAUAGUACAGGUCGACCCGUAGCAGACGCCUGGCUGGACCUGCACACCGUCAUGAAGCGCAACUUCUUUGCAUACCCUACCGACGUGUCUCUGCUCUCAUCGCUCGCGCCUCGCUUGCUUCGGGAAUCACCAGUUGGCGCAGACAAAGACCUUUCCGAAAUUGCGGAUAUGGUUCGGAAUGAGCCUAAAUGGUUUGCAUCGCUGGAUGGGUCUUUACCGAGCCGGAUUUUGGACUACAUGUAUCUGGGUAACCUCGGCCACGCAAACAACCCUGACUUGUUGAAGGCUUUAGGCAUUACCCAAAUCCUCAGCGUCGGUGAGACAGCGAUGUGGAGGGACGGCGAGCUAGAAGAAUGGGGUGCAGACAAUGUGCUAGUGAUUCAAGGUGUCCAAGAUAACGGUAUUGAUCCAUUGACCGAUGAGUUUGAAAAAUGCUUAGAUUUUAUCGACCGUGGGCGCCGGAACGGUACAGCGACCUUGGUUCACUGCAGGGUGGGCGUUUCCCGCAGCGCGACCAUCUGCAUCGCCGAAGUCAUGCGCUCACUUAAACUAUCCUUCCCACGAGCUUACUGUUUCGUGCGAGCGCGACGAUUGAACGUCAUUAUUCAGCCUCACUUGCGCUUUGCUUACGAAUUGCUCAAGUGGGAAGAGCUUCUCCAAUCGACGCGUCAACAGGACAAUUCCACUUCCGAACUCGAAAGAGCUGGCCGCGAGCUUGAAUGGGGCGAAAUUACCAGAGAGAUCGCGCUUAUGAACCGACCUUACGCUAGAUAAGCCCUUUGCUACUAGCAUGCGAGGAUUAUUAUAGUGCUACUAGUCACGAGCUGGCUAUACAGGUUAGUGUCGUGGUGAUCAGGCAUGCGUGCG